CUUUGCGUUUCACAUCGCUGUGUCUUUAUUUUCACACAGAGCAACUCGAGACUUUACAGGAGCGCAUGUUCAUGAUGAAGAUCUCCGCCGUCCUCAUCGUCUCCGUCCUCACCGCUUGUCACCUGUACAGCUCACACGCAGCACCGCUCAGACCUUUAUUAGACUCUCUAUCAGACCGUGUGGUUCCAAGUGAUUAUGAAGCUCGCAGGUUACUGAUCGCCGUGGUCAGAGAGUUCGUGCAGAUGAUGCUGGAGGAGUCGGAUCCGACGACCGACAGCAACAGCGAGGGCAGAGUGCUGUCCAAACGCUGCUCCAGCCUCAGCACCUGCGUCCUCGGAAAGCUUUCGCAAGAGCUGCACAAAUUACAGACGUUCCCGCGGACUGAUGUUGGCGCGGGCACGCCUGGGAAGAAACGAAGCGUUGACUACGAGGAAACGCUCGAAAUGGCCUAACACCCUCCUGCUCCCGCCUUUACCCCUCCCUCCUUCUGUUCGUUACCUCGCUGAUUCCUGUUGCAUGUGGAUUUCCUGCCUGAUCGACUGAUCUCACACACACACACACACACACACACAUGCACACACUAACACACGCACAGACACACACACUGUAAUUUUUGUCCAUGAACGAGUAACCAUUUGCAGAGAAUGUGCCAAACAGAUAUUUUAAGGCUCCGCCCCGAACGCUACGAUGCUGCGCUAGUCUUUAGCGUUUGAUUUCUGAGAUGGUUUACGCAUUUUGUGUGUGUAGCUAAGAACCAAUCAGAAAAGAUGGGGAGGGGCUACCUGCCCAUGUGACAUCACAAAAUGCUGAGCAUGAACACUCACUCAUGAUUGGCUUGCGUGUCUUUGGGACAAUAAUAAUAAAAGGAUUGUCUUCGUUAGCAUAAAUAUAAAAAAUGCUAAUAACUAGCAUAAAGCUUAAGUUAUUAAAUAAACAGCUAAUGCUAAUAAACAAAAAACAAAGAUGAGGCAAACUAUUCCUGGAUCUGGAAAUUAGACGCGUCUCUUGUUCCUUUGUGAAAGUUAUAUGAUCCUCUGUAUUGCUAAUUCGCUAAUGAUCUGACUAGCCAAGUGUAAAGACUAUUCAUGUUCCGUCCUUUUCUUUUGUGGCCCCUCUUUUUGUUUUGUCUCAAACGCAUUUUCUCCAGAUUUAUCGACGACUUUACAUUGAUUCUCAUUAACUUUAUCUGAUGCUAGCGUUCGGGAUGUAGCCUAUCAUUUUAGUUCUGCGUUUCUGAGAGCUCAGCUCAGUGGUGUGACGAGGAGAACAACAAGAACAACAUGAAACAAACACUUUUCCAUAAUCAGGGGUUUUUAGUUUAAUAAACUUAUUUUUCUAUCAG